AGGUGGAUUUGGUGGUCAUGUAAUUUGAAAUGAAUGUCAGAAGAGUUGGACGCUUGUUCUUUAGGUCUCAGUGUUUAAGUCGUGGUGUCCUGACGAGUGUUCAACAGCGCACUGAUCAAACCCCGUCGGAGAUAAGUGAGAAAACCAGAUUUAUCCCAGCUCCAGCAUCUAAAUAUGACUGGAUUGGGCCACCAGACAAACUGUCAAACCUGCGGCCGAUCAUAUACCACAUCCCUGAGAAUGAGACAACGCUGGAGAGGAAACUCAGACAUCUGAGGCAGGACACAGAGGACUGGAACCAUGACUUCUGGAUGGGGCAAAAUAUCACCUUUAGCAAGGAGAAAGAGGAAUACAUUCAGUCACAGCUGAAGGCAAAAGGACUGACAGAAAGAGAUGAGAAUGGAAGAAAAAGGAGUUUAAAUAGUGAGGAAAUGGCAACCUUCUACAAACACUUCUUGGACAAAAACUAUGAGAAACAUGCAGCCUAUAACAAAGAAUGGUACCAAAGGAACUUCACCAUUACAACACUGAUGGCCAGAGUAACUCUGCAUAAUUUCUGGAGCACAGUCAUUGGUCGAGCAAGGAGUAAAAGCAAACCAACAACAUUGUCCAAAUAAAUAUUUGUGUGUGCAUGCUGUUUAACACCAAAAAAAUUCCACAAUUCAUUAGUGUUGAUCACACUGGAAAUCUGUCAAAAUGUAAAUCUAAAAUCAUUAUAGUAUUUAUGUGUUAUAUUCAUUUAACUGCACGUAACAAGCUCAGAUGCAUAAAGCAUUGUGAAAUACAGAAAUACAUAACCA